UUAUUGGAGAAGUAUUCAAUUUUGCAGGUGAGACGAUAAAGUAAGAGCGUUACUUUCUUUGAGCAAUGACUCACUUGUCAUUGAUUGAAAGAGCUGGAGUACGGCUUUGGGAACCGCAGAUUACGAUAUGCCAAGUAUUGGUAUGAUCAGGGAGGAAUUAUGCUUAUCAACUAUGAUAUGUUUCGCUCUCUGGUGGCAACAACAAAAUACAGUGGUGAUAAAGAUGAAUAUUUUGAGAUGUUUAUCAAUCCAGGCCCGGACAUAGUGAUUCUAGACGAAGCCCAUCGUAUAAAGAACUCAUCCUCGGCCCUUUCUAGUCUAAUCAGCCGUAUGCACACUCGCUCCCGUAUCUGUUUAACGGGUUACCCUUUACAAAAUCACAUUUCCGAGUAUUACGAUAUGAUUAGUUUUGUUGCACCUGGAUUGUUGGGAAGUUCAAAAUCGUUCAAAGGAUUCUUUAGAAACGAUAUAGAGCGGUGUUAUGCUGAUUCAUCACUCAGCAUAAAGAAACAGGCAGCAAUGAAGAUGUACAUUUUACAGUUGUUGACGGAUGUUGUCACACAUCGAAGAGACGGAAGUGUGUUGAACCUGGAUUUACCGCCUAAAACAGAAUACGUAAUUCGAUUCAAGUUGAGUCCUUUUCAGUUAGAAGGCUACAAAAAUUUGAUAGAAUUAUCGCAAGCUAUGAAUCCAUUGGUUGGCUUAUUGACAUUGCGUGCUAUAUGCAAUCAUCCCAAGAUUUUCAAGAAUCUGAUGAAAAAUAGACAGAUAAAACAGAGAAAUUUAGAACUGGACAAGGAAUAUGGAAAAACUGCCUUUUCAGAUGAUACGUAUAUACCCUCUACUGCUAUUUCAGCCCGACGUAAUUCAAAUAGUGAUGCUGAGGAUGAAGACAUAGAAAAUUUGGACACUGCAGAUAUUGCAGAAGAUAAUGAAGUGGAUGCAUUCGCUGCUUUUUUAACACGAGGACAUGAAUGGGCCAUAAAAUAUCUUGACCGAGACGAGGUCGAGACAUGGAAAUGUUCGGGAAAAAUGUCGUUCAUUGUAGAGCUAGCAAAGAAUUGCCAUGUUAUCAAAGAAAAGCUUCUUAUAGUAUCACACAGUUUAGCAUGCCUGGAAUAUAUCGAAGGUUUACUGCCUGUACUCGACAUCAAAACGCUUCGUAUUGAUGGAAGCACAUCCUUUGGAGAACGUCAAGAAAUCAUUGACAAGUUUCAACUCAAAGAGGAUAUUGAUGUUAUGUUACUCUCAGCCAAGGCAGCCGCUAUUGGUAUCAAUUUAACUGCUGCUAAUCGUAUUGUGUUGGUUGACCAAGAUUGGAACCCGCUUUAUGAUGAGCAAAGUAUUGGUAGAGUUUUUCGUUACGGACAAGAUAAACCUGUUUUUGUUUAUCGGUUGAUCACAGCUUCAACUAUUGAAGAAAGGAUUUUUGCACAAAGUGUACAUAAAAAGAGUAUUUCCAGAUAUCUAAUGUAUGUAGGCGUGUCAUUGACAAUAAGCCGUCCUUGGUGAUUUCUAAGGAUGAAUUGGUUGAUUAUUUCGUGGCACCGGACGGAAGUAUAAGUACAAUUGAUUUGAAUGAUGAUGUUAUUGAUGAUAUCAGGAGAGAUUAUAUUACUUUUAGUACCCUAAAAGAAAGUACAGAUUCCAUUGUGGAUAUCAAGACGUACGAAAUUGACAAAUUAGAAGCAGACGACUUGGACGUUGAUAACCCUUACUAUUCCUUAAGCCCGUUGGAUAGACGACAGGCAAAGAAAGAAGCAAAGCAGUUGAUGCAAAAGUGGUGGAUGAAUGAUGAUGCAAUCCAUGAUUGAUCACUAAUAGUCACCUAUUUGCUUAUUCAUACAAUAAUAUACCCAUAGGCACUGCUUUAUUAAUAUAUAACAUACUUUGUUUUGUUUUUUUUUUUUAUUACAUCAACCAGCAUCUUUUUAUAUCCGUUCAUAUCAAUAAAGUGGCAAUUGUUCAA